GUACCCUUCAUAUUCGAUCCCCACUCUCUCCUUAUCUUCAACGAAGCAAUUUCAUGAAAUUAUGGAAGAAUGUGUGUUCAUGUUAAAGAUCACUUAAUUACUUCACUUUCUUUUUAGAAGAUCAGGACCAUAUAUACAUACGAGCUGUAAUGGAAGCUACACAACCUUCUGUAGCGCCUUCACGAGCAUCGCUAUCGCUAUUGCCAUUGCCAUUGUCAACGCCAUCACCACCGCCUUCACCAGCAUCGCCAUCGCCAUCACCAUUGCCAUUGCCAACGCCAUCACCGCCGCCUUCAGACAACGGUCAUAGCCAUUUGUUGGGAAGACUUAUACUCGGCAUUCUUAUUGUUUUGGUGGUUGUCUUGUCUUACUUCUUAUACAAAAGGGUACUCUUUCCAAUUCUCAAGCGACGUUACAGGCAGAAAGGAAGCUUGAAAGAUGAGAGUAUAAAAUUGAGGCGAUUCCAGUCGGAGGAACUAGUGAAGGCUACCAACAAUUUCAACCAAGAUUGCUUGUUGGGGUCUGGUGCAUUUGGGAAUGUCUACAAGGGGACCUUUGGCAUAGAAGGAGCAGUACUGGCAAUUAAGAGCCCCCAUGCUGGCUCAAACCUGAGCGGUGAAGAAUUCAGAAAUGAAGUGAGGCUACUGUCAAAAGUCAGACACAGGAACCUUGUUGGUCUGGUGGGAUUUUGUGAACAACCAGGAGCAAAAGGGGGAAGAUUAUUAGUUUAUGAAUAUGUACCAAAUGGUUCUCUGCUUGAGUACAUUACGGGAAGAAGAGAGAGCUUAACUUGGAGGCAGAGGGCAACUAUAGCCAUUGGAGCAGCUAAAGGCAUUGCUCAUUUGCACGAAGGGGUAAAGCCUAGCAUAAUCCACCGGGACAUAAAACUAAGUAACAUCUUAAUCGGAGAUGGGUUCGAAGCCAAGGUUUCAGAUUUCGGGUUGGUCAAAUCAGGACCUACUGGGGACCAAUCUCAUGUCAGUAGCCAAGUCAAAGGGACACCAGGAUACAUGGAUCCUGCUUACUGUUCGAGCUUCCAUUUGACUCCAUUCAGUGAUGUCUAUAGCUUUGGUGUUAUUCUACUGCAACUUGUUGCCGCUCGGCCUGCCGUUUACACAGGCCAAAAUCGAUCCAACUAUCAUAUCAUUGAAUGGGCAAGGCCAAGCUUAGAGCAAGGCAGCGUUGUAGAUGUUUUAGAUGCUAAUCUUCUAUCACAGCCAUGCAACAUGGAGAUGAUGCUAAAGAUGGGACAACUAGGCCUAAGAUGUGUUAUGGAAGUACCCAAACAACGCCCAACAAUGACCCAGGUGUGGCGGGAACUAGAAGAGGCCCUGUAUUCAGUUGAAAACUUCAUCAACAAACAGCCCCCGAUCAGGGGUCCUGGAAGAUCAUCAAGCGGCCGCGGUGCAUCUUCUCGAUCAAUAGACCAAGGGCCGCAUACAUCAAUGGACCGCGAUUUUUCUCAAAGCUUUGUGAGUGUAAAUGGCGUUGGCUUUCAGAGGUUUCAUGUGGACAUGGAUAGCCUCUCCUUUCAAAGCGCAAGCUUAAGGUGUUUGGAAGAUAAUAGUCUUAGUGUCGACUUUGAUAGGAACAGCUUGAACGGAAAUUAGGACUACGUGAGGAUGCGGAAGAAGACUUGUCUAUGCGAUAUAUUAUGCAGCAGAUAGAAAGCUGAAUUUCCCCCUCGAGUCGUGUUUGAGCUUUAACGAAACCCCUCGGCGUAAGAGAACCGUGUUUGGUUUUUGUGUUCCAUCUUUUGUAUUUUUUUUUUUUUUUUAUUAACAAGACAAAUACAUUACCAAACAA